AUGGCGGAGGGAGAUUCAUGGGGUAAGAAUCCAAUCCACUUGUGUGGGAAUGGAGCAUUCUUCAAAUUUGACACUUAACCGAAACAUUGCCAAUAAAAAAUACAAGAGAUUAUGGUUUACAUUUGUGUAUUGUUUGUCUUAGAUGCUGAGCCUUUCGAUCCGGACGAGCCCGCCAUCGGGGCCAAGAAGGCUGUUGUGGCAGACAAAUGGGAAGGCGAGGAUGCGGAUGAGGAUAUCAAGGUAACGAUAGCCGGCUGACGUUAGCUAGCUAGGAACCACAUACACCGUAGUUGAUUUCGAGAGCGUCACCUCUUCGCAUCCUAACUAGAUCGUACAGAUGAUGUUAGCAGUGUUAACUACCUACCUACCUAACUAGCUAACAGUGGCUAUCUAAUCAAAGUUAGCCGAGUGGUACACAGGCUAGGAUUAUACAGAUGAUGUUAGCAGUGUUAACUACCUAGCUAACAGUGGCUAUCUAAUCAAAGUUAGCAGAGUGGUCCACAGGCUAGGAUCAUACAGUUGAUGUUAGCCGUGUUAACUACCUAGCUAACAGUGGCUAUCUAAUCAAAGUUAGCCGAGUGGUACACAGGCUAGGAUCAUACAGUUGAUGUUAGCAGUGUUAACUACCUAGCUAACAGUGGCUAUCUAAUCAAAGUUAGCCGAGUGGUCCACAGGCUAGGAUCAUACAGUUGAUGUUAGCAGUGUUAACUACCUAGCUAACAGUGGCUAUCUAAUCAAAGUUAGCCGAGUGGUCCACAGGCUAGGAUCAUACAGUUGAUGUUAGCAGUGUUAACUACCUAGCUAACAGUGGCUAUCUAAUCAAAGUUAGCCGAGUGGUCCACAGGCUAGGAUCAUACAGUUGAUGUUAGCCGUGUUAACUACCUACCUACCUACCUAACAAGCUAACAGUAGCUAUCUAAUCAAAGUUAGCCGAGUGGUCCACAGGCUAGGAUCAUACAGUUGAUGUUAGCCGUGUUAACUACCUACCUACCUACCUAACUAGCUAACAGUAGCUAUCUAAUCAAAGUUAGCCGAGUGGUCCACAGGCUAGCGGUGAUAAGUCAGGAGGAGGACCGCCCCCCCCCCCUCCCGCGUCACAAUGGGAAUGAGAAGCUAUUAGCGUCCGUUGCUAUAUCAACGGCGUGAUGAGCUAAUGCGUGGCAUUUUGGAGAGCAUUACAGCCAACAUUACAUUAUUUUCAUCCAUACUAUGUAAACAAAGCUUAUUUCCGUGACAGUUUCGCUGAUUUAAGAUGAAAACAUUACUUUGAACUACUUUUGGGUACCUUUAACAUUUCAACAACAUUAAAAGUUAACGGUUCUUAGUUUUCGAAAUGGCAAAGUGAGCUCCCAUGAUGCUAUUAACGCUUAAUUAAUGUGCAAAUCAGUUCAAUUCAUACAUUGGCUCCUCUGGCUGGCAUAUUUUUAUUUUGAGCUUCCCAUGUCUUGUCUUACUAAAGUAUGCUAUUAGUCCCACUAUGAUUAUUUUUCCCUACCUCCCUUCCUCCACCACCACAUAGCACAGCUCAAUAAUACAGCAGUACACUUGUGGUUGAAUAUAAUGUAGGACACAAGACAGUUGAAUAGUGUUGAACUCACGAAUACCAACAGGGAUUUACAACAGUUAACACCCUGUGGAAAACAACAAAGUUGCAAUAUUUAAGAUUGAAAUAUGAAAAAGUUGUUUUUUUGUGGAAGGGGUGUUUCAUGAACUUGUUGAUUUUAUUUAAUAUAUCCACAUGGUAGUUAUAGACUGAAAUACAUGAGUAUAGGCUAACAUCAACAAUACAAUACCAUUAUACAGUUAUAGACUGAAAUACAUGAGUAUAGGCUAACAUCAACAAUACAAUACCAUUAUACAGUUAUAGACUGAAAUACAUGAGUAUAGGCUAACAUCAACACAUCAACAAUACAAUACCAUUAUACACAGUUAUAGACUGAAAUACAUGAGUAUAGGCUAACAUCAACAAUACAAUACCAUUUAGUUGAGAACACAGAAGUAUGAAUGAAAAGUACAUAAUGAGAUGGGGGCAGUCUUGGCAGAAGUAGGGUAUGGGUGAUUUUUAAAAAAAAUCUCAGUUCUGGAGUGUGGGAUAGAGAAGAGGUGGGUGCUACAGGUGGUUCUGCCGGUCACUUUCCCUCCACAGGGCAGCCAGUCUUAGAAGGUGGACUUAAAGAGGGAGACUGUAGUCCAGGCACAGCUGUUCUCUUUGCUCUUGGAGUGUUUGCAGUGCUAGUGUAUCUCACUGUGCCCAGGAUGAUAUGUCAACCACAGGUCCCUUAGCAGAUUAGAUCAAACCACAUGACAUUAACAGUAGCUGUAGAUGAUGUAAUGAAAAGUGGGAUCUUGGAGGACAUCAGGUGGAUCCAGGUCUGGGGAAGGGAUACGGUACGCGUCUCAGAGCAUGACAGAACCCCUAGAUCCUUAAGAACAGGAGCAGAGUAAAAGGUAAAGGGACAGAGGCAUAGAAAGAUGCAGAAAGAAAACACAGUGUUACGUUCUCCCCUCGGGUGUAGUUGGUCUGAGGAGGAGAUGUAAAUGCUCGUGCCUGGGCACACAAUGUAAACUAGAUGGAUGGGGAAGAAAUGUGGGGUGUAAUGAACUAAAAUAACCAGACAACAACCACAACUCAAUGUUAGCCCUCGGGGACGUUUAGUAAAGUAAUUAAACAAAAUUCUACAACACCCAUAAAGAAACAGUAAAUAAAACAAAAACCAAUCAAACAAACCAGGGAAGGUAAGAGAAGGGAAUGUUUGGGAACGGGGUCCAAGUAAUGAAAAUAAACAAAAGGUCCCUCCUCUUCUACACACCUAAUCCUUCCUAACACACUCUAAGCCCUAACCCGCUUUCCUACCUGUUACCACAAAUACAGGGGUGACACCCGCCCCCGGCUAACCUAGUGUUUAAAACAGUGGAUUAUCUACGUGUGAAUGUACACCCAUGGGCAGAACUACCUUUCCCUUCUCCAGGACCCAGGUAGGGUGGAAUACAGCAGGAAGACAGGCUGAAACACAAACCAAGAUAAAUUAAAACAACCAAUGACCAAAUCCCCCCCUCUCAAGCUCACAUGGCAAACAGUUUAUACUCUAGUCAAUCAGCCACAGCUGCCAGGACUCCGAACCGAAGCCACGCCCCACCAUCGUCAGCCGCAACUCAGCACACCUGUAAUGACCAGAACCCGCAAACAGAACAACCACUCUGAACCACACACCCACACACUACAAAGGAAGAUUGGGAGAAAGAAAAACAUGUCACACAGGUUACAGGUAGAUCCAGGCCAGGAUGAAUUGUUCCCAUAUUGCUUCCCCCUAUCCAACCCUCUCAGGUCUACACAAGUGUAAGGGCUAGGGGUUGAUCUGGGAUUCAGGGAUAAGCUCUUUCUCCAUUUAGUCUUUCUUCGAUUCCUUUUAAAAACGGAUUGGAGGAGAAUACCUGAGGUUCCUCGCCUGUACGGGCUAAAGGACUGUAUUAUUCAUAGGUUGCUGGUUCGGUUUGGGCGUGUUCGUCUCCGCGCGUCAGUCAGAACGCAUUGAUGGCAAGGCACAGUGAACGGGUUGACUUGUAGAUUACUUGGAGGAAUACCAGUAUAUAACAGGCUGAAUAUGCACAGGGCUAUGAGUUGAUCACUAGGAAGGCUACUGCCUGUACCACUGAUCCAUAACUAUGGGUGUGGAAGGUUUCUCUAGGAGAGAGCUGAAUACAAAGUGCCAUUAAUAUCAGGAUAACAUACUGCACAUAUAAAUACAAUGACAGUCAAAUACACUGAAAAGGCCCAUUUAACGUGCUAUAAUACCUACAAUGGUAUGCAUAUAAUAAUACACAGAGUGGAAGAGCUCCCUUCUAACUGAAAUGACAUACUGCUUGUAAUUGAGACAUUAUGCUAAUAAAAAAAAUGACAUAAUCAGAUAAUUAUUUGUGCAAUGAAAACAUGGAAAAUAUCUGGUUGUCUAGCCUCCUGAUGUGAUUUUUGAAAGCUCAACUCGCAUUUCUGUUGUUGCUGGGAGGAAGUUGUUUGACAGAAGGCCACACCAUGGUAGCCUGGUAUGGAACAAGAAAAAAAACAAAGGAUAAACUACUGUCGUGACGUGACUUACUUUAAUGUAUGACUGUUAUUUAUCGAAUCACCUAACUAUGUUUAAUUGUCACUCGAUUAAAUUAAUCAUGUAACAAUUAACUCAUUAGGAAUUUGGGGCACCACGGAAGAAGUUGUUUAACGAGUUACCAUCUCCCGAAUUAAACUCUUAGAAGAUAUAUGUUAUAUAUAUAUCAGUAACAGUCACUUAUUAAAUAAUUACCUCUUAUCAGUCUCAUUCUGAACGUCACAUAAUCCUUGAACCUGCAAGAACCCCAACCUUAUUGAUGAAUCAACAAUACACAAAUUGGCUUAAUUAUGUAUUUACUAACUAAUUAAAUAAUAACACAAUACAAACACACACACAGGUUAUUGAUUACUAACGUAAUACAAUGAAAACAGGUCCCUAGUGGACUGGACUAACAAUAGCAUGAAUGUUUGGGUAGAAGGAGGGUCAGAGUGGAAGGGAGAGACAGAGAUUCAAACUAUCGUAGUUACUUUGGAAACUACGCUCACAGUAAUCAUAAUACUUAUGCACCCUAAUAAUCCUUGGUAGAGUUUCUGGUCGUAGUGGUGGUUAGAAUGGAUACUUCAGAUGUACCAGCGGUUGUCUGAGAGGGAUUGUCCUCUCCUCUCGUAUCUUUAGUGAAAGUUCUCUAGACGACUAUAAAUGCCAGCUGCAGACUGAGAUGAUAAGGUCUAGUACAUUGUCUUCUACUUCACCUCGUGUAGAGGUUGAGAGUUUCAGAGUUUCUCCAUUUCAAACGUGUGGACUAACGUCUCACGUUUUCUGGUCUUUCUGAUCUAACCAUUUUGUCAUGUGUAGCUUCAGCUUCAUGCUUCUUGGUCUUGUAGAAAUUCAACCAUUUGCAGCAUCCGGCUUAUACCGUAAUAUGCUUGGUCUUCCUUUGGUGAUGGAGUUGUAGUUUUUAAACCAUUUUGUAACGUUUAGCUCACGCUUCACGUCUGCUGGUCUUGUAGAGUGUCAACCAUUUUAAGCCGUGGGCUUCCUGGUCUGAGGUGAAUUUCGUCACAAGGCUUUUUAUGCACUCGGGGUAAAAGGGCCGUUUGUGCUCAUCUGGGCGUGGCCACUGACUGAGAACACAUCAAUAUGGAAACAAUCAUCUCAUCUAGAAUGCUAAAAUCACAUUGUGUUAUCUUCACAAAGUAUUAAAUAUACUUAAUAAUUUGUUUUAUACAACAAUUACAGCAAACCUUAUAACUGGGAAGUGUAGCCCCCCCCCAGAGAUACAGUUAUGUUCUUCCACCGUCUUUAAUGGCAUCACAACAUAGUAACGAAUUCGACAUGAUUGUUCUUUAAGUCGCCACCGACCAUUUCCCACAUUAUUUUAAGUAGGAAUAUUGUUUCAUUAUCCACUUUUGGAUGUUGGAGUCUUGGCGGGAAGACUUCCUUUGCCUCACAGGGAAAUUCCCUCUCCCAAUACUGCAUGGCACAGAAAAUAAAGUUUCUGCAAGGAAUUAACAACCGGUCAUAAAACUGGCUCCCAGGAAAGGGGGUGUUCAAACCUUUGCCUAGCCGGCAUCUUUGAUCCUCAGCCAAUGAGGGCAAGUCAUGACACUACCUAUCACGAAUGUAGUAAUUCAGCAAGAAAUCAAUUAAUUUACACACAUACAUACAUUGGUAUUCAAUAGGUACUGUUAUUGCUAAAAUAACCUCACUGCAACAGGGUUUCUUGUGAUCUACUAAUACAGGUCCUUCCCCUUAUGCAUUUCCCUGAAUAGGCCUAUAGUCUGAAACCAUCCUCUCUAAUAGUAGACCCAGGUACAAUCUGAUCAUUCAUGUUGACCAGAAGAUUGAUUAAUGGAGUUCCCCUUUUUCCCAUAAGAUUUUACAGCUGAUAUAGCACUUGUCAUAGGCUACUUAGUAUAAGAGAGAGCUAUUUAAAUCAACUGAAUUUCUACAAACACAAAUAAUACAAUACAAAACAAAGCAAAGCUUAGCAUAGCUAGCUAAAUAAAGAGUUUUGGAAAAGUGGUCUUACCUCACAGUAGUGUUUGCAUCCAUCGUUUGCAGGAUCCAUGCUUGUUUGCAGUAUGUUCAUGCUAGCUAAAUCAAGGUUUGCAAGCAAGUUAUGCAAGCAAGUAAACAUCAAUGACCAUGCAUGGAUCAUGUUUUGUACUUUAUUCACCAAUAAUCGGUGAGAUUUAAAGCUAAAACAUACCGUAAAUAACCUGUAACAAUGAUCCCAUUUCCCCCUGUCUUUUGACUGCAGGUGCUUCUCUCUCCGCACGCCUCAGAACAAUCAGAACAUAACAACCAGCAUAGCAACGAACGCUAUCGAUUUUUUUUUUUUUUCAGUACGUAGCCUGGGCAGAAUUUGGCAUGCUCUAUCAAUGGCCCUAGCAACGGACGCUAAUAGCAAAGAUUUUUUUUAUAACUAAACCAAGAUAGACCACAGCCUGUCGUAUCAAAUAGGAACAAAUGAGCCAUAGUGGGCAGAACAAGCAAGGAGGUGGGCAGAGCCAAGCACGAGCUAAAGAGAUCCUAUUGGCGCGUUCUAUUAUCAUUUGCAUAUUUCCGUUGGGGAACGCAGACUCUGAAGUGCGCGUGUGCAAUAACUCGAUUCGCCCAAAUGGGGCUAGCAUAUCAGUCUGAUGGCCCAAAUGGGGCUAGCAUAUCAGUCUGAUGGCCCAAAUGGGGCUAGCAUAUCAGUAGAUGGCCCAAAUGGGGCUAGCAUAUCAGUCUGAUGGCCCAAAUGGGGCUAGCAUAUCAGUAGAUGGCCCAAAUGGGGCUAGCAUAUCAGUCUGAUGGCCCAAAUGGGGCUAGCAUAUCAGUCUGAUGGCCCAAAUGGGGCUAGCAUAUCAGUAGAUGGCCCAAAUGGGGCUAGCAUAUCAGUAGAUGGCCCAAAUGGGGCUAGCAUAUCAGUCUGAGCCCAAUGGGCAGAUACAGAUAAUAUGCAUAUGGCCUAAAAGUACUGAUGAUGGUAAUAUCGUAGAGACAAAGUUUAUAAAUUACUUAUACUACUAGACCGGGUCAAUGGGGCCCUAGCAUAUUAGUACAAAAAUCCACAGGGUAGGUAUAGUCUUAUCGAUAAGCACAUUUAAGUUAUUUCUGCCUAAACUGGAAUGCGCAAAAUCGUGUAACCCGUUCGGUUAUAGAUAGGGCGAGCGGUAGAUGUUUAUAAGAGAUUACAUUUACGAAAGUCUGUUUAUCCUACCGGUUGAAAAUCUGUGCGUGUUUGUCCUUUAGCCGCUCAAACUAUACACAAAUAUCCCGAAGGUAUUGUUCCGGUACUUUUCGGCACUACUGAAAGUUGACGUUUCUAUCACCUGGCACAUGCGCAAAACCAUGUAAACACCUUGCUGAGUUAGUAUGCAUGUAUCUCGUGCACACAUGUUUGCUUAUGACCGAAGGCACGUGCACAAGACUGAAGUACAUAUUGACUGAAGUCGGCAGCUGUUUGUGCAUGUGCCAGAUGAUUUAACUUUCUAUUUGAAUUUCAACUUCAGUACCAGCACUCUAAAAACUUGGUUUAACAAUACUUUCCUGUGGAUAUUUUGUCUACAAUUGACCAUCUGAAGGACCAACCGGUAGACUUAAGUUAAAAUGUAAUUGUAUUCAACAUUCCUGCUUGUAAGGAACAUUUACACGAUUUUUGCAGUCAUUCGUUUCAGACUGGAUAUACCAAUUAAUUGUGUAUGACAGCCUGAUUUAAUCAGGCUAGUGCUAACCAAUGGUGAACAACGAAUAGGCUAAAUAGUGACGGCUUUGGUUGUAACUGAAGCUAGAUACAUGACUGGAUGCAACAUUCUGAAGCAUCCAUUGUUCCCUGACCGCGUUUUCUUUUCUUCCUCUUUGUAGGACAACUGGGAUGAUGACGAGGAGAAAUUGAAGAACGCAGAAGAGAAAAAAGCAGGUAUUUAAACCAUAUGACUUGAACCAGUGAGUUCCUAUUAUAUUAAUACAAGUUCAAGUUAAAUCCUAUUUUUUUCCAUUUUCGUUUCUUUGUAGCAAAACUUUCAGAAAAGAAGAAAUUAGCUGAAAAAAUCAAAGAAAAGGAAUGUUUACAAAGAAAAAAACAAGAAGAGUUGAGAAAGAGGGUAAGUGCCUUGCAUACUGGGAUUUCUGCUUGUCGUUGCAAUGGAGUACAUGAUAGUAGCCACAGUAACCAACCCAGCUACUGCGAAUGCUAGUUUGAUUCUCAAAAUCCAGCAGAAACUUGCCGUUGCUUCCAUAGAUAUUAGCACAUUUGGGAUGCCUUGAUGAUUUUAAUUAUCUUUAUAUCAUUUGGUUUGGGUACAAAUUAGUAUACUGUACUGUUGUGCAUCCGGUUUUCCCAUAGACUGGAAACAAAUAGGGUUUUCCAGACCCAGAUUCAACCUCUAAAAUCAUCCCAAAGUGUUUCACAAUGUGUGCAUGUACACUGAGUGUACAAAACAUUAAGGACACCUGCUUUUUCCAUGACAUAGACUGACCAGGUGAAACCAGGUGAAAGCUAUGAUCCCUUAUUGAUGUCACUGGUUAAAGAAGGAUUUUUCAGCCUUGAGACAAUUGAGACAUGGAUUGUGUGUGUGUGCCAUUCAGAGGGUGAAUGGGCAAGACAAAAUAUUUAAGUGCCUUUGAACGGGGUAUGGUAGUAGGUGCCAGGCGCAUCGGUUUGUGUCAAGAACUGCAACGCUGCUGGGUUUUCGACACUCAACAGUUUCCCGUGUGUAUCAAGAAUGGUCCACCACCCAAAGGACGUGCACAACUCAAUAUUAGGAAGGUGUCCUUAAUGUUUUGUACACUCAGUGUAUAGUCUACACUGUGUGCAUGUCUACAAGUCAUUGUCUGCUGGAUCUGAAAGUAUACUAUUUCUAAUUUAUUGCUUGGUAGUUAGAGGAAUCUCAGGAAACAGAGCUCACACCAGAGGAGGGGCUAGCAGAGAAACUACAGGAAGAGGAAACAGAACUCACACCAGAGGAGGGGCUAGCAGAGAAACUACAGGAAGAGGAAACAGAACUCACACCAGAGGAGGGGCUAGCAGAGAAACUACAGGAAGAGGAAACAGAGCUCACACCAGAGGAGGGGCUAGCAGAGAAACUACAGGAAGAGGAAACAGAACUCACACCAGAGGAGGGGCUAGCAGAGAAACUACAGGAAGAGGCUGGUCUUCUACUGGCUCAGGAUGCUUUCGGUAAGAGACCAGGGCCCGGUUUAAGGCUGAGUUCAUCAUUAGAACCAUCGUUAGAACAAUAGACCCUAACGGUGAAUUUAGCCUUAAGGUGACUUUGGGAAACCGGUCCCAGUAUUACAGGAAAAGGAAAAGUUUGUCCAUGUCUGUUUAUAUAAAACCUGUUUGUCUGUUUAUCAUAUGUCAUGAUACUGUCAGUAAGCGAAUAAGUACAUGGUUGAAUUUGCUUAUGAAUUGAUCCGUUUAUACAGCACAUUCGGAAAGUAUUCAGACGGCCCUUGACUUUUUCCACAUUUUGUUACGUUACAGCCUUAUUCUAAAAUGGAUUAAAUAGUUUCCCCCCUAAAUCUACACCAAAUACCUCAUAUAGACAAAGCAAAAACUGGUUUUUAGAAAUUUUAGCAAAUGUAUAUAAAAAAAAAAGAACUGAAAUAUCACAUUUACAUAAGUACUCAGUACUUUGUUGAAGCACCUUUGGCAGCGAUUACAGCCACGAGUCUUCUUGGGUAUGACGCUACAAGCUUGGCACACCUGUAUUUAGGGAAUUUCUCCCAUUCUUCUCUGCAGAUCCUCUCAAGCUCUGUCAGGUUGGAUGGGGAGCGUCGCUGCACAGCUGUUUUCAGGUCUCUCCAGAGAUGUUAGAUCGGGUUCAAGUCCGGGCUCUGGCUGGGAUCUCUCAGUACUUUGCUCUGUUAAUCUUUUCCUUGAUCCUGACUAGCCUCCCAGUCCCUGCCGCUGAAAAACAUCCCCACAGCAUGAUACUGCCACCACCAUGCUUCACGGUAGGGAUGGUGUCAGGUUUCCUCCAGACGUGACGGUUGGCAUUCAGGCCAAAGAGUACAAUCUUGGUUUAAUCAGACCAGAGAAUCUUGUUUCUCCUGGUCUGAGAGUCUUUUAGGUGCCUUUUGGCAAACUCCAAGCGGGCUGUCAUGUGUCUUUUACUGAGGAGUGGCUUCCGUCUGGCCACUCUACCAUAAAGGCCUGAUUGGUGGAGGGCUGCAGAAAUGGUUGUCCUUCUGGAAGGUUCUCCCAUCUCCACAGAGGAACUCUGGAGCUCUGUCAGAGUGACCAUCGGGUUCUUGGUCACCUCCCUGACCAAGGCCAUUCUCCUCCGAUUGCUCAGUUUGGCCAGGCGGCCAGCUCUAGGAAGAGUCUUGGUGGUUCCAAACUUCUUCCAUGUAAGAAUGUUUUUGCUCUGACAUGCACUGUCAACUGUGGGACCUUAUAUAGACAGGUGUGUGCCUUUCCAAAUCAUGUCCAAUCAAAUGAAUUUACCACAGGUGGACUCCAAUCAAGUUGUAGAAACAUCUCAAGGAUUAUCAAUGGAAACAGGAUGUACCUGAGCUCAAUUUUGAGUCUCAUAGCAAAGGGUCUGAAUACUUAUGUAAAUACGUUUAUUUUUAUUUUUAUAAAUAUGCAGAAAUGUCUAAAAACCUGUUUUCGCUUUGUCAUUCGGGGUUAUUGUGUGUAGAUUGAUGAGGGGAAAAAAAAUAUUUAAUCAAUUUUAGAAUAAGGCUGUAACGUAACAAAAUGUGGAAAAAGGGAAGGGGUCUGAAUACUUUCUGAAUGCACUGUAUUCAUACCCCUUGACUUAUUCCACAUUUUGUUGUGUUACAGCCUGAAUUCAAAAUGGAUUAAAUAUAUUUUUUUCUCUCACCCAUCUACACACAAUACCCCAUAAUGACAAAGUGAAAACAUGUUUUGAGAAAUUAUUGCACAUAAAAAUGAAAAUUUGAAAAUGAAAUACAGAAUUACCCCUGAGACAAUACUUUGUAGAAGCACCUUUGGCAGCGAUUACAACCUGUAUUGUGCAACAUUUGCCCAUUUAUUCUUUUCAAAAUUCUUCAAACUCUGUCAAAUUGGUUGUUGAUCAUUGCUAGACAAGCAUUUUCAGGUCUUGCCAUGGACUUUUCAAGUAGAUUUAUGUCAAAACUGUAACUCGGCCACUCAGGAACAAUCACUGUCUUCUUGGUCAGCAACUCCAGUGUAAAAUUAGCAUCCCACCUGUGUUUUCAGGUAGCCCGUGAAAGCCAGCAUGUAUAGAAUACAAUAAUCUACAAAUAUUUAACACAUUCUAAUAAUUCUCAUGUGCCAAUUUAUCGCCAAGGUCCGUGUCAUGAUGAAACUUGCACUCCUGUAUAUCUGAAAUAGUUGGAUGGUGAAACUUGCCAGAAAAGCAAGGCGAAACAAUUCAGGCAUUCUUGAAAGUCAGGACAAUCCUUUUCCUGUAAAUAAACAUUUUUUUUUUAUAGUUGGAAAAAAUAGAUUUUUGCAAGCAGUAAGCAUUUAGAAUCAAAUGUGGAGUGGAGUUUUAUAGUUAUGCAGGACAUCACUCUGCCCAAAAAAUGAUUUGUCAAUCAAUAUUUAAUCGAAGGAAACACUUUUUCCAUCAUCAUUUGUUGCAAUAAAGAAUCCUGUCAAAAUGGAUAAAAAUGCUGUUGAUAUUUAGAACGUUUAUCUGCCGUUUCCGCUUUUGUCGAAUAAACCCUGGGUCAACGGAAACCUGCCUAGUGUCUGGUGGAAAGCAGAUUGAACCAGGUUUUCCUCUAGGAUUUUGCCUGUGCAUAGCUUUUUUAUCAUCCUGAAAAAGCAAUGUGUUGUAUUGGAUUUGCCCCAAACAUAACACUUUGUAUUCUGGACAUAAGUUAAUUGCUUUGCCAAUUUUUUUUGCGUUAUUACUUUAGUGCCUUGUUGCAAACAGGAUGCACGUUUUUGGAAUAUGUUUUAUUCUGUACAGGCUUUCUUCUUUUCACUCUGUCAAUAAGGUUAGUAUUGUGGAGUAACUACAAGUUUGUUGAUCUAUCCUCAGUGUCCUCCUAUCACAGCCAUUAAACUGUGUAACUGUUUUAAAGUCACCAUUGGCCUCAUGUUGAAAUCCCUGAGCAGUUUCCUUCCUCUCCGGCAACUGACUUAGGAAGGAUACCUGUAUAUUUGUAGUGAAUGGGUGUAUUGAUACACCAUCCAAAGUGUAGUUAAUAUUUGUAAACAUUUUGAAAAACAUAAUUCCACUUUGACAUUAUGAGGUAUUGUGUGUAAGCCAGCUACUCAAAAAUCUCAAUUUAAUCCGUUUUAAAUUCAUGCUGCAACACAACAAAAUGUGGAAGAAGUCAAGGGGUGUGAAUACUUUCUGAAGACACUGUAUGCAUGAUAAAUAUUUAAGCUGUCAGUGGAAAGUUUCACAUCAUAAUCUUCCCAAAUCAGGUGUCGUCAACAACGUAAAAGGAAUUGACGCUGUAAGCCCAACUUCUAAAGAUGACUUUACAGAUUUUGAAAAGUUGUUAAAAGACAAGAUAUCCCCCUUUGAGAGUUCAAUACACUAUUCAGGCUUCCUAGAGUCCUUGUUUCGAGACCUCUGUCUCUCAUGUGAGUAUUCAUUUAAUAAUCAAUUUAAUAAUAUAAAUGUCGAAAUUAACCAAUGUUAUUGGUCAUUCAUAUCAACUGUCAGUUGUCGCUGUAUUGUAUGACAUACGUUUUGAACCUCUUAUGUUACAGUGGAGGUAGAGGACUUUAAAAAAGUCAGCAACUCCCUCACAGUCUUACUAAGUGAGAAACAGAAACAGGAAAAGGUAAGUGUUUUUUUUUCAAAAGACAGAAAAUAAGACUUAUCUCCAUUCUACACGGUUUACUUUGGUAAUCAGUCUUAUCCGGGUCCUGUUCAUUAAGCAGAAGAAACCAGACUGGAACAGUGAAAGGACUACUACUCAUUUUGCGUUUUCCGUAGGCAAAAUGUUUUUAUAAAGUUUACUGUUUGCUUGCCCCUAAUGAACAUGACCCUAAUGAAAUGUGUAUUCCUGGUGAUUAUAAGUCAAUACUAAUCAUCCCGCUUUAUUUUCAACAGAACAAAGGAAAGAAGAAGAAGAAAGUUCCUACUGGAGGGAUGAAGGUGAAGAUGAAGGAUGACCUAGCAGACUACGGAGAGUUCCAGGGA